GCCGUUGAUAUACAUCGUGCACGCGCAUGUGCUUCGUCACUACUGCAGAAUUAUAGAAGGCUGCAGACCCCCUCGGAAAAAGUUAAAAAGUAUGGGAGAACCACAGAAAGAUGACUGGUCCGCUGAGACCAGCGCUGAGCCUCGCGAUAACGAUGGAGGUGAAGGUGAAGGUGAAGGUAACCAGGAUUUCCUAAUUGAGUCUAACUGGGAUCAGGUUGUUGAUACCUUCGACGAGAUGGAGCUUAAGACCAACUUGUUGCGUGGUAUUUACGCAUACGGUUUCGAGAAGCCCUCCGCUAUUCAGCAGCGCGCUAUCAUUCCUUGCUGCAAGGGUCACGAUGUCAUUGCACAAGCCCAGUCCGGUACUGGAAAGACGGCGACUUUCUCGAUCUCAAUUCUGAACUCGAUCGACAUGUCCAUUAACGUCACACAAGCGCUUGUGCUUGCCCCCACGCGUGAGUUGGCUCAGCAGAUCCAUAAGGUUAUGUUGUCGCUUGGUGACUACAUGCAGGUCGAGUGUCAUGCGUGUGUUGGAGGAACGAACGUUCGUGAGGACAUGCGCAUCCUUGAGGGUGGUGUACAAAUCGUUGUAGGUACCCCCGGACGUUCGCACGAUAUGAUCCGUCGUGGAGCAAUGCGCAUCCGUGAUUUGAAGCUGUUUGUGCUUGACGAAGCCGAUGAAAUGUUGUCACGUGGUUUCAAGGAGCAGAUUUACGAUGUGUUCCAGUUGCUACCCCCCAAGGUACAGGUUGUGCUGCUAUCCGCCACCAUGCCAUCAGAUGUGCUGGAGGUAACCAAACACUUUAUGCGUGAACCCAUCCGUAUCCUGGUGAAGAAAGAGGAGUUGACACUUGAAGGUAUCAAGCAGUUCUACGUUAUGGUAGACAAGGAGGAGUGGAAGCUCGACACACUCGGUGAUCUGUACGAAACACUCACAAUUGCCCAAGCUGUUAUCUUCUGUAACACACGCCGAAAGGUCGACUGGUUGACAGAGUCUAUGAGCAAGCGUGAUUUCACCGUGUCCGCUAUGCACGGAGAAAUGGAACAGUCUGAGCGUGAAGUUAUUAUGCGCGAAUUCCGAUCUGGUUCUUCACGUGUUCUCAUCACCACUGAUCUUCUCGCCAGAGGUAUUGAUGUGCAGCAGGUGUCGCUUGUCAUUAACUUUGACUUGCCCUCCAACAGAGAGAACUACAUUCACAGAAUCGGUCGUGGUGGUCGUUUCGGUAGAAAGGGCGUGGCCAUCAACUUCAUCACUAAGGAGGACGGUCGUCUGAUGAGAGAGAUAGAGCAAUUCUACAACACAACUGUGGAGGAGUUGCCUAGCAACGUCGCCGACUUAAUUUAAAUACCUAAUCGAGCCUGGUUUUAGUAUACAUGCAUUGCACACAUCUAGCACGUGGGUGUAGCCUGACCACUGUUUAAAGUGGACGGAUGCGUUGAUCGAUGUGCUGGUGGGUGAGUUAGUUGGUGCAUGGAAGAUAGACGUCCUUUCAUAUGUGUGCAUAUACCAUGUCAUUGUUCACUAUAGUCAUCUGAGGUAUAGACUGCCAAAGGUUGCAGUGUGAAUGGCGUGGCGGAGAGGUGGGGUUCUUGCUACGGGCUUGAGGAGUUUCAUCGUGUUCUUCUACAUCUCGAAGUAGUCAUCGCUUUGGGUUGUAGAGCCAUGGUUGUAUAUAACUGUAAUUAAAACUGGAAAAUAUGAUGAA